AUGUAUCAUCCAGAUGAAGAGUCAUCUUUCAACUAUUUAUCUAUUGGACCCACGAAUUUAGAUAAUGUAGACAAUAGCUUAAGUGAACAAAUUCACAGUACAUAUAAACAAUUUAAUAUAUGGAAGUAUUUAUUCUUAAUGGUUUGUGUAUUUGUAAUUUUAGGUUGUUUUGUAUCUCCAUAUAAAAAUCAAAUUAGUAUGAUCGAUUCAACUGAUUAUAUGGUGGAUUUUAAUUAUACAGAUAAAACUAAUAAAAAUAUUGAAGAAAUGAAUAAAGUAGCACCAGAAUUUGAAAUUGAAAGAUUUGGUAUAUCAAAUAUAACUGAAGAUGUUUUAUUAGGUAAUUUAACAGACAAAGAAUUUAUUAAUGAUUCUAGUUCUGAGCUAAGGUUAUUAGAUAAACUACCAUUAUCUAGGAUUACAACAGAUAUGUCUGGUUAUUAUUCAGGAAGUCAUUACAAUUCUCAAGGAUUAAAUAAAAGAGCACUAGAUAAUAAUAUAUGCAAUGACAAAAAUUAUACUAAAGAAGUCUUAAAAAUGGUUUAUGAAUUAACUUAUUUUGCCCUACCAAAAGAUAUAAAGAGCGAAACUAAAUUUGAAGCUAGUGAUUUAAAAAUUAUUGGGGAUGAUAUCUGGGUUGUUUGUGAUAAUUCAUGGCAUUUAGGACGCUUUGGUUUAAGUUUGACUCCAUUUUCAAAUAAAAAUAAACUGGUAUAUAUGAGAACCACAACAGCUGGAGGACGUCCAAUGGAUAUUGAAAAUUUACUAGAUGGGACAGAUCCAACAAAGGAAGAUUCUCAAUGGGAAGCUAUUAUCUAUGAUAAUGUAACAAGACAUCUUUACGUAAUUAGAGAAUCUAUUCCCCAUAUAAUAGAGAAAGGAGUUGGUAAUUAUAACUAUGAAAAUGAGAUAGAUUCUAAUAUAGAAAUUAAUAGAGGGAAAGAAUUGAAGUAUAUAUUUGACAAUAUAAAUGAAAAUUCAAAUUAUAUUAAGGGAAAAUUUGAACUUGCAAGUAAUAGAGGACAUUUAGAUGAUAUCCAAAAAGGUAUAAAUGAUUUUGAAAUUCAAAAGAAGUAUCGGGAUUUUGAGAAAUCCUGUCCAUAUAAUACGAACUUAGAGGGAGUCAAAAUAAUAGAUAAAAAUGAUCAGAAUUCACUAUAUACAGAAACAAAGGAAGUAAAAGAGAACAAAGAGUAUAAAAGGAGAACCAAGAAAGAUCAAGAUCACUUGAAAUCGAAAGUUGUGGAACCUCAUUAUCACUCUCACAUAAUUGAACUAGCAUUAGUUAAUGUAGAUGGACAGGAUUUCUAUGAGGUUAUAGAGAAUUGUGCAGCUGAAUAUUUAUUUAUGUUUGAUAAUAAGGGUUUUGAAGGUGCUAUCGGAUUAAGAACAAGACAAGGAGAGUUUUAUAUUUUAGGACUAUGUGAGGGUAACUAUUGUUUAGGAGGAGUUCAAGGAGAACAGCCAGGUAAUGGAAGGCUUGUUUUAAUGAAAAAAGUUUACAUAAGUUCUCAAUAUAAUGCUCUAGCAGAUAUAAAGAUAGCUAGGAACAAUCAAGUAGUCCAAAAUAUAGAAAAUAAGGAUUUUGAUAAAGAUACAAACAAGUAUAAAAAUGGAAAUUAUGAUUUAAAUAAUGAGAAUUCGGAUAUUGGUGCUUAUAAUAUAACAAAGGAAUUAAUAAGAUGUAUAUGGAAAACUGUUAGAAUUAUUGAAAUACCUUCAGAAGUAAAAUUCCAAGAUUAUUCUUCAAUUGAUGUCAAAGGUAGCAAAGUCACCAUUACUUCUCAAGAAGAUUCUGCAGUAUGGAUUGGAGAUAUUAAUUAUGGAGAUGGAGAAUUUCUAGAUCCUCAAAAGUUGUCGUUAAUACCUGGUGGGAAAACUUACUACUUUCCUAGAGAUCACGAUUGUGACUACAAGUACUGUAAUAUUGAAGGAGUUUCAUUUAUUUCCGAUAAUCUUAUUGUAACUGUUUCAGAUAAAAUGAAGAAAAAUAAAAGACAGUCCCCAAAGUGCUUAGAAAAAGAUCAAUCAGUUCAUGUCUUCUCCAUCCCAAUAUGA